AUGCCCGUCGAAAGUAAAAGAGCAAUCAAGGUUACCAACAUUCCUAGCGGAACAACAGAAAAGGUUUACCUCCAAUUUGUGCAACUGUUCCACCCACUGCCAACGAAAGCCACAUCUACACCAGUCUCAUAUAGCAGCCCCUCCACACUGGCCUCCAACGAAGGCGAUCCUGCUUCGCAACUCGAGGACAACGACAACAGUCCGCUGCUCAUCCAAGGGAAGAAAAAUUGGACACUUUGCCGACAGUAUGCGCAUCUUGCUGGCACAGUGUCAUUCCCAUCAUAUGAGGAGAAGAAUAGAGCUCUCAAGCGUUUUGGGAAGAAAGAGACUUCCGCCUGGGAGGACUGGAAUAUUGAGCACGGCUUUAGGGGAGUAACUAUUCUCAUCGACCACCCCCAGGCAAAAACAGAUAUCUGCUUUGUUCACGGACUUGGGGGUAAUGCCUUCGACACCUGGGCGACCAAAGGGAAGGACAGGAUGUGGCCAAGAGAUUUCUUGCCAUUAUCUCCACUCUUUCGGGAAAGCCGAAUCAUGACCUUUGGUUAUGAUUCUGAUUUGACCGACUCGAAAACACUUAUGAAAAUGGAAGGGUGUGCACAUUCUUUGCUGAGAGACGUUAGCGGAGCAAGAAAACGUCCAUUGCUAUUUAUAUGUCAUUCACUCGGAGGCAUAGUCGCAAGAAAGGCGAUGGUUCUGCUCCCCUUGGUGGAUGACUGCCCUAAUAUUGCUCUUGAAAAUUGUGGACUGUUGUUCCUUGCCACUCCGCACUUUGGGUCUACAGCAGCGGACUGGUCGACGACAAUGCUAGCAGCGGCGGAAGUUAUGGGUGCUCGAAGAGUGUGGGUUGAUGCCCUAUCAUCUUUUAAUAAUGAUGCCGUAUGGGCCCGGUUGGAGUUUUCUCGCCUGAACCCUAGUCCACCAUUUUGGUGCUUUGCUGAGGGUGAGAUGACGACAUACGUUAAACAUGUUAUUCGCACAAAGAAGCUGAUUGUAUCACAACUUUCGGCGUCCCUGACCGAGCAUCCGGCUCCAAUGUUAGCAGGGACUAACCAUAAAACCAUCGCAAAGUUCGAGACCGCAGCAGGUGACCCGUUUGAAUCGGUCUGUAAGGGAUUAGGCGAAGUGUUGAAACAAAUCACUGCCCGGACCUUAGUAGCACCAUCAUGCAGCCAUCGUAUGUUCGGCCACCCACGUUUCCGUGCACAUGCAUACCCAAGAGAAGAAGGCAAGUUUUGGUAUGUAGGAAGUGGCUUUUCUGCGGCCCGAUAUCAACAUCACCAACCUAGCGAAUUAUUCGGGCGUGAAGAUGUGCUACAGAAGCUCAAAUCAGCCAUUACUACCUCGGCCGAUUACCCUAGGUUGACUGUCGUCAAAGGAGUUGCUGGCAUUGGGAAAACUGAGCUUUUACUACAAGUAAUGAGGCUGGAGAGAAAAAGCAGGGACGUGUUUUACUUAAAAUCGGAUGGUGUAAAAACACUUCAGGAUGCCAUUGUGGACAUCUCGAUGCAGAUUGGCCCUGAAAUAGGCGAGGAUACAGAGUUGCACCGGGACCGCUGGAUGCGGAGUCUGCCCUCUGAGCGUGCCGACGCCUUUCUUACAUGGAUAGGAGACAUCAGCAACAAGAACGCGUUGGUCAUCAUCGACGAUGUCGAGAAUUUUGGAGGGUCAGCAACUCACACAGUUCAAGAAUGGCCUGCCUGGCAUAUUGUGGCUUCGACCCGCGACUCAAACCUAGGAGAAUGGGUCGAAGGCAUCCUCAAGCUCCCACUGGAGAGACUGGCCGACGACGACACCGUUUCAAUACUCCAAAGCAAGCGUAACCUAUUACCAACUGAAUACCGCGACCUAUUUCGUCAUGAGGAUUUAACAUCACUCGCUCCUCUGGUGCACGGUCACCCAAUGGCGGCGAGUGCUGUCGUUCCCUAUAUUAUGGACCGCUUUGCAAAUUUCGAAAAUCCGUGCAAGGUAUUCUCGGAUAUGUUCACCUUCAAUGAUCUCGUGCGCAGGAAGACAUUUCUCGAAUUCAAAGCUGAUGGAUCUUCGCUAUGGGAGGCUUUUGAAUCCUCCAUAAAACCACUUCAUGACGUUGACAACGGCAGGGAGGCCUUGAAACUAUUCCAUUUGUUGCCUUAUUUGCAGACGUAUGGUGACUGCAUCGAUGCUUUUUUCAAGCUUCCAAGAAAGUCCCUGAAGAAGUCGGUACAAGAUCUGCCUGAGGUUCUGUUUCUCGGAGCUGGCUAUGAGUUCUUUGCCGAAUGGUUAUCGAAGCUACGAAGUGUAUCGGCUUGCCUACGGGUCAACCCUCGCUCUAGAAGCAUUCAAAUUCAUCCUCUGAUUCUAGAUUACGCCUUGUUACAUAUCGAUGAAAACCAAAGAACCAGAAUCGCAAAGCAAGUCUUCCAGCUGCUCUACCGGUUAGCGUCCGAAGGGGCAGAUAUAGAAGCAGUAGCUAGGCCGCAUGUGCUCCACUGCAUCAACAUUUGUCAAGGCCUUGGUCUGUUAAUUGAUGAUUUGGAAUUACGAACUGAUGUUCUGCAGUGGGUCAAGAGAUUAGCAAGCCAAGACGCUGAUGAGAAUCCGUUUUCAGAUUUGGCGGAGAUCCCUGCUGCUGCUGAAGUCCAGGACACUGCACGGGAAUUCAUGACCCUGCUAGCGGGGGCUAAAAAGGAGUUGGAGCGGAACUUCCGAGCAAUUAACCGCGAUGCUACUGUUAAUAUGAUUGUAAGGUGUAUCAUUUGCUACAAGAGCUUAGAGGGGGCUUUCAGAGCGGACAAAAAUGUUUUCCAAUCACUAGACUCGGGUUUCACAGCAUCCAUUCAAGAGUUUCGUGGCAUUAUAACGUCAGCUAGCGCGAUUUCCAGCCUCCCAGAAAAGCUUGACGAUUUUUGCGGGCAACUUGGGGUUACCGGACUGUCACCGAGAUAG